AUGGCAUCAGCACCGAAGAGGCUGCGGGGCCGUCAGGGGCCGCUGCCAGCGCGCUCACCACAAGCACUCGACGAUCACGCCCGCAAACUGCUGGUCAGCAAGUUAAAAGAGGUUAUUCGGACGGAUGACUCGGAGCAUGCGGUUGCGAGUCCUUCUCCGCGACCGCCAGCACAUGCCGCGAAGGACGCGCUCUCCCUAGACGCACAGACGGAGGCGCUCCAGGCGCGUUGGAAACGGACUCGAAGGCUCGCACGACAGCAGCUUGGGUACCGCCGCUUGCCUGAUCCAUCAGAGGACGUUGAGCUGGAACUGAGUUUACUGCGCACUGCUACUCGAGGCACUGUCCAGCUUUUUAACCUGAUACAAGAGCGAAGAGCCGCUCAGGCCAAAGCAUCGGAUGUUCGAGCACGCGCAGAACGCUCUCGUCUCCUCGAGGCCCGGUCACGCAGCUUCCAGGCUUCACUGAGCAUCCCGUCGUUGUCGUUGUCGUCGUCGUCGAACCUUGGUCAACCUGAUACUUCAUACGGCUGGCAGGCCUUCUCCGAGCACUUUUUACUGCCUGAGACGACCGACGAUAGACGAGACAGCGAAGCGAGUUCUCUUUCGACAACUGCGGCAGCGCAAGAGACGCCUUUUGAUGCAGCUUCCGCCUCGGAGGGAGAUAUGUCGGCUUCCGAAUGA